GUUCAGUCGGUCUGAAAUUGUAAAUGUGGCGAGAGUGCGGUAAUAAACGGUAGCAUCCGACGAGCGCUAGAGAAUCGCAACCGAAAUCGAACUGAAACAGAAAAAAAACAGUAACAAUUUUUUGUGCUUUGUUGUGGCACCUGGAACCUGGAACCUGCCACAGUAGUUAAUAUGCUCACAUUUUCCUCGAUCGAGAUCGAAUCAUUUCGAAUUGCUGGCCAGCAGUGAGCGGGCGGAGAGGCUGAAUCUGAAUUGCCACGCUACAUUAAGAAAAACGUACCAUAAAAGUGCUAAAAUAACACCCACAGCCUCCAACCCAACAGUCCAGCCCUCAACGUGCUCCACGCACCAGAGAACAACAUUUAACUCCAAUAGUAGGAUCUAGUUAAAUUAAAUAAUACAUUAACCAUGAAGCUGAUGUGCUGUGGUGGGAGCAAUGACUCCCAGGACCUGAAGGACCCCAAGAAGGAGGAUGAGGCCGAGGGCAAAAAUUCCGGUCUGGGGGUACGACACUUCCAGGUCUUUCUGCUCUUCUGCGCCCUGACCGUGGCCUAUGCCCAGCGCGUCAACCUAUCCGUGGCCGUGGUGGCCAUGCUCGAUUCCGCCUCCGCGAAUCCAGAUUUUCCCGAGUACAACUGGUCGGAUAAGAUAAAAUCCCUGCUGCUGAGCAGCUUCUUCUGGGGCUAUGUGGUCACCCAGGUGCCGGCCGGACAGCUGGCCAAGAAAUUCGGUGGCAAAGUGAUGAUCCUUUCAGGACUGACCAUCUGCUCGGUGCUGAACAUCCUUACGCCGCUCUGCGCCAAGCUGGGUGGCUGGCAGUUGGUGUGCGCCCUGCGUGUGGUCGAGGGUCUGUGCCAGGGCGUGGUCUUCCCAUCCGUGCACACCAUCCUGUCCAAGUGGAUGCUGCCCAAGGAGCGCGCCACGCUCGGCACGUGCGCCUAUGCGGGAAAUCAGUUUGGCACGAUCAUCAUGCUGGCCACCAGUGGACUGCUGGCCGCCUCAUCGGCUGGGUGGCCCAGCAUCUUCUACAUCUCCGGCGGAGUCGGAUGUGUUUGGGCGAUCACGUACUUCCUUUGGGGCGCCAGCUCGCCGUCGGAGUGCAAGAGCGUCUCGUCAGAGGAGCGGAAACUGAUCGAAAUGGCACAGGCCGGCGAAGUGAGCGCCGGAGAGGAUCAGCCCAAGGUGCAGCCCCCUACACCGUGGCUGAGCAUGUUCACAUCGCCCGCAUUCCUGGUCCUGAUCGUGGCACACUCCACUCACAAUUGGGGCUUCUGGACCCUGCUCACCGAGAUCCCCAGCUACAUGAAGAACAUCCUGGGCAAGGACAUCAAGUCGAACGCCCUGCUCUCGGCGCUUCCCUACGUCUGCAUGUUCGGCAUGUCCUUCGUCUUCUCAGCCAUAUCCGCGCAGUUAAACAACCGCAACUGCGUCUCCACGGGAGCCAGCCGCAAGCUGUUCAACACGAUUGGCACCUGGAUCCCCAUGCUCACGCUCAUCGGUCUGGGCUAUACGCGCGCGGACCAGGCCUCCUUGGCCGUGGUGCUGCUCUGCUUCACCGUGGGCACCAACGGCGCCACUUACCUGGGCUUCAACAUGAACCACAUCGAUCUGUCGCCGAACUUUGCCGGCAUCCUGAUGGGCAUCACCAACUGCGUGGCCAAUAUAAUGAGCAUAAUCGCCCCGCUGCUCGUUGGUGUCAUUGUCACCGAUGAGAAAGAUCCCGAUCUGUGGCGUAUCGUAUUCUUUAUUGCCGCCGGCUUCUAUCUGGUGGGCAAUGGGCUGUUCGUGAUCUUCGGCAAGGCCGAGGUGCAGCCCUGGAACGAUCCCCCAGCGAAGCCCAGGCGCAAUUCCACGGCUCAGGUGGAGUCGCAGCACUAACUCUGACGAAUUUAGUGAAAUGUGAAGAGAAACCGCUAGUCAUCUAGUUCUGUUUUCCACCAAAAAAUGAUCCGAUCCGAUGGUCGGCCAACUGUCAAUCCUAACUGUAAUGAAGCGGAGCGCCAUACAAUGCAUUUUCGCAUUGUCCAAACUAAUUCGCGCUCCGUGUGCAUUGUAUAUAUUUGUACUAUAUAUUUGUAGACUAUUAUUUGCUGUACUCCGUACUCUGUACUCUGUAUUCGUGUUAUGUUACCCUCGUCUUAGGUUUAGUUGUAGCGACUAAUUAUGUAAGGCCACUCACAGUGUGAAGCGAAAAUAAUAAUAAUAAUAAUAAUAGUGUAUGUGUGCUGCAUCUGUAUAGAGCUACAGCGACAGCUACAGCAUGUGAAAAGAAAA